AUGCACCCCUUCAUCCUCGACCAGGCGCUGACGAGGGCGGAAAGGCACUACAGACUGGGAGAUUUUGAGGCUGCACAGUCAUCCAUUUCUCCGUACCUGGAUGAUCUUGAUGAAUUCUUCAAUGCUUCUGUGGAAGUUGUCGUCAGUCGAAACAGUUGCGCGGAUUGUAUUAUUGACGAGACACGGACCUCAGAUCUGCUUCUGGCUCGGUCAUCCAUGUCAGCCCUCGUUUCUAGGAUCGAGAAUAACCUGGACUAUUACGGCAAUCAAGGCGGUUGGGCUCCAAUGCUGUCAUUCGAAGUGCUCCGAACGGUUGUCGCUCAAGAGGUAGAUGGGGCAAUUGAAACAAUGUACUUUGUUUACUGGCUGCAAAAGGCUUCCAGUUCCAUUGAAGAAAGGAAUACUUCCUUGACGGGACUUGUGACGAGAUUACGGGCUGAAAAUGAUCUGAUCGAAGAAGACAUCAACAAAAACAUCGACGCCGCCCCCGCUCUGAAGUAUGAAAUGGUGGCUUUGUCGACCAAGACUGCCCAGUUGCAGUGGGAUCUCCAACAACUUGAGGAAAAGCUGAUCCAACAGGCGACGGAGGAGGUAGCGGAGCGAAACAAAACGCCUUGGUGGAAGAAGGGCUUGAAAAUCGGCAGUUCGCUUUUGAAGGCAAUCCCCGUGUAUCAACCUGGUCUGCGUGCAGUUGGCGGGUCCUUGGCUACACUAGCUGCUAUUGACUAUUCAAGUCCGGAUCCUCUCGGUAUCGCCUUGGAAUCCAUUGACAUCUAUGCUGGGUACGCCGAUGCCAAAGCCUCGGAAGCGGGCGAGGCGCCUUCCAACUCCAAUGGAACCUCGUUUAGCACACGAGCUGCUUUUGCGGGAGCUGUGACUAGUGUCACCCGGGAUAUCGCGGCAACUUUAAAGAGCUCCAAGGUUCCCAGAAGCGAAGUCGAAAGUGCGCUGGACGCAUUAGUGGCGGAGUCGAAAGAGUUUCAAGGACUUGCAAAGGACAUCCGAGGGCUAGUCGACGGGAGAGGAAAACUGGCCACCAUGUUGGAUUCUACGCUGCAAGGAAUAUCUGAUUCAUCCAGGACGCUGCAACAGAAUUUGGUGACCAUUGACACAGCCAACCGCGAGCUUCUCGACCUCAAAACUGUCAACAGCGGGCGGCUGGACACUUACUUGAACAGGGCGAAGAAGACAGCAGUGGAGCGACUAUUGAAAUACAAGUACUACUUUGCGAAAGCUUCAGAGUACCGCUUGUUGCAGCCAUUCCAGUACGAGGAUUCCUAUGUUGACGUCGACGAGCUGAUCACUCUCCACGAAGCUUCUCAAACAUCCCCAAUGGACAUCGGACCAGACCAAUUCGUCACCUUGAAGACAAUCUAUUUGCAGAGUUUGCGACGCAUUGCAGAAUCAAUCUUUGAUGAAAUGGUGCUGUACGGAAACUCCGAAACCUCGACUUCUAAGUCCCUUUUGCUUUCUCCGCAAGAGUUGAACACCCUCAACGAAGGCUCAAGUGUGGUUCUCAGUCCCAUGUCGCGGGGCCUCUUUCGCUUGGAUGAAUCCAAUAUUCGCAUUACUUGCCUGGAAGUAGACGACGCAGAGUUUGAAGGAAUUGAUGCAGCAUCAGGUGACAUCGAAUUUACCGCCGAGCACUCGGGAACGUCUACAUUUCGAGACGAAGCAGGCGGGGUGUAUGCAUUUCACCAUUCACCGCUGUCUUGGGGUUCGAAGUAUCAUCUGCCAGAUGGUCCAAUCACCCAGGUUACACGCAGCGCAGCCAGCGAUUCACUUUUGAUGUCUCUGCUUGAAGUGAACUCCGAUAACAUCAUGCUCUUUUCACGACCUGCGGCCUGGAGCGACGUCAGCUUUCGGAUGACAAGGACUGCGGCUGUGGCUGCAGCUACGGUCAAGCGAUUGAAACUCAAGAUGUGCUACGACCGGACCUUGGUUCAGUCACUCAACAUUGUCUCUGUGCGGGCCGAGACCGUUGAUUCCAACCAUACGGACCUGCCUUACUUCAUCCUCAGCGAGCAAGAUGUUAAUGGCCGGGCUGAUGGUAGGGGUUCGUUCUAUCGUGCCUACCCGAAGCUUCCUUCACAAUUGAACAUUUCCACUCAAACAAGAUUUGGCGAUCGACUCUACUUUGAUCACUGGCAGGUGGUGUCAUUGAACGGAAGUGAGAACAGGACGGUUUUUGGCCCUUAUCUUUCCAUUGAACCGCUGGACAUACACACCGAGAUCACCGCGUUCUUUCGAGAGCAAGACCCCACAAUCGAAGUGCCAGUUACAAACUCCAUGCAGGUGGAAGUGCCUGCUCCAAGCUCCAUUGAGGUAGAAGAAUGGAUGGGAGAGCAGGAAAUGGAGAGUUCUGUUGCGCAACGAACCUGGAUGAGCUCGCUUCUUUUCGGCUUAUUGAUAGCUGCUUUUGCGUUCUGA